UCAUUUCAUAUAUUUCCCAAUGACCCCUUAGCGAAUAACUCAAGCUGGUUGAAAAUUUAGUGUUAGCUAAUUUCUUGGACCUACAUUAGGCUGGUCACAUUGGUGAGUUGACCAGGUGAUAUCUGUUGAGCCUGAAAUCAUGGAGAUCGACGGUCAGAAUUUCCCGGAGAUGCAGUGCAGUUGCGGGGCUGGAACUUGCAUCGUUCAUACAUCAAGGACGGAGAGAAAUCCUGGAAGGAAGUUCUAUAGAUGCCCUGGCAUGCAAGGUAGAAGAUGCGAGUUUUUCAAGUGGUGUGACAUUGCAAGCCCAUUGAAGAGGGUUAAAUCUGGCGUCGAACCUAUGGAUAUCGAUGGUCAAAGUUUCCCAGAGAUGCAGUGCCCUUGCGGGGUAGGAGCUUGCAUUGUUCGGACAUCAUGGACAGAGAAAAAUCCUGGGAGAAAGUUCUAUGGUUGCUCUGGCAUACAAGGCAGAAAAUGCGAUUUUUUCAAGUGGUGUGACAGUGCAAGCCCAUUGAAGAGGGUGAUUCUUGAGUCUGAGAUUGCUGAAUUAAGCACUAUCCAACCAAUGGUAAACCCGUGUCAGGCACAAUUGGAUGAUUCCCGGAACAACUCUGUGAACCAUCAAUCUCCUCAGAUAGCACAGAAGGAUAUGUGUUUUAAUUGUAACAAAUUUGGUCAUUGGGCUAGAGACUGCCCUGAGAAAGCCAAGACUAAGAAAGAGUUGCCUGCUGUCAGAUCUUUUGAUGGUCAAUAUUUACCUGAGAUGGAGUGCCGUUGUGGUGUGGGAACUUGCCCCAUUUUAACAGCCAAAACUCCGGAAAAUCCUGGGAGAAAAUUUUAUAGGUGUCCUGGUAAAGAUGGUGAAGAUUGUCACUUUUUUGAGUGGUGUGACGUUGCUAAAGUUGAUCAGAACUGUGAUGUUCCUCAAUCUUCAAAACCUAAGUGUGCUUGUGGGGCUGGAAUAUGCCGUAUAGAAAUAAAAAAAGAUGGGAAAGAUGUGGGUCAGAAGGUCUUUGUUUGCCCGAUAAAAAAGGGGCAGGGUGCUUGCAGUUUCUACCAAUUUCUGGAUUCUCCCCAAAAGCCUGCAAAUUCUAUCUGUUUAGAGGAAACCAAUGCUUUCAGUUUGCGAUCAGUGUCAAAUGCUCAGGAAGUUAAUGACUCAAUCAAAGAUCUGGGAGGCAGUAAACUAGAGAGAAUGUUACCCUCUGGGUCGCCAAAGAAACCUUUGUCCAAAGAAUGUGGUAUGACAGUGGAAACAAAUGGAUUGGGUUCUAGGGUUCUCGAUGCUUAUUUUCUACCGGUGGAAAGUCUGAGGUUAAAUAAAUGUAGCAGUGCUGAAUCUGAUGCCAAACUUGUGGAAAGUACCCAGUCUGGUAAAGUAAGGCAGAGUCAGAAGGAUUGCUCUGGGUCACCUGGGGCUUCCUUCAAGUGGGUAAAGCUCUCAUGUAUUCUUGAGUUUGAUGGUGCUUCAAAAGGAAAUCCAGGUCAAGCUGGUGCUGGAGCUGUACUACGAGCCGAGGAUGGAAGUAUCGUAUGUCGAUUACGUGAAGGAGUGGGCGUUGCUACCAAUAAUGUUGCUGAGUAUCGAGCUUUGAUUUUGGGAUUGAAAUAUGCUCUUAAGAAAGGGUAUACACAAAUUCAUGCCCGAGGUGACUCCCAACUGGUUUGUAAGCAGGUCGAGGGUCAAUGGAAAACCAAGAACCCAAGCAUGUCCAAGUUGUGUAAUGAGGCCAAGGAGCUAAAGGAUAAGUUUUCAUCUUUCCAUAUAUACUAUAUUGCCCGGGAUGCUAAUUGGGAGGCUGAUGCCCAAGCAAACUUGGCUGUGAACCUCGUUGAUGGUGAAGUUCAAGAGCUGUGUGACUACUAACUGAACUAAUGAAAGGCAGCUGGCGAUAUUUAAAACAGUUUAUGUAGAGAAUACAGGCAGUAGACGGUGA